AUUGCACACUCUCCUCGUACAACGUUGACUGAAAAAGAAUCUCUACUUAAUCCAAUUUUCUGUCCACGUUCACUUUGCUGGAAAAUUAAUAUUUUUUCCCGAGAAUACAGAAUCAUUUUCAUCACUACCUCUUAUCUAUCUUCCUGGUGUCUGAGUGAGUCACUUGCUGGAGUGCGUGCGAUACAGUUAGAGAGGUAAGACAAAGAAUGGCUGCAGCAGUGCCGGUUCAGAAAACAGAGGAAGAAUGGCGAGCUAUUCUCUCCCCUGAACAGUUUUGGAUUCUUCGUCAAAAAGGAACAGAAGAGAAAGGAACUGGGAAAUAUGACAAAUUCUAUGAAGAAGGGGUUUAUAACUGUGCUGGAUGUGGAACACCACUUUAUAAGUCUACUACCAAAUUCGACUCUGGCUGUGGUUGGCCUGCAUAUUUUGAGGGUCUGCCUGGAGCUAUAAAUCGCUCUCCAGACCCAGAUGGGAGAAGAACAGAGAUAACUUGUGCAGCUUGUGGUGGGCACUUGGGCCAUGUUUUUAAAGGGGAAGGGUUCAAAACUCCAACAGAUGAACGCCACUGUGUCAACAGCGUUUCCCUCAAGUUUAUUCAGGCGAAUGCUUCACUGUGAAGUUUGAAGUCGUUAUCCAUCAGAAGCUGAACAUCACUGAAGAUCUAGCUUAUUGUGUAAAGUUGUUUCUCGCUUGAAGAAAGACUGAUUUAAUGAGUACUAAAUGAUGAUGAGUGAUGCCUGUGUGUAACUAUGAAUGCCAAUAAAACUUCUCUGCUGAAUAAUAUCUUUUCAAGUAUGUGAAAAAUAUCCUACUCUUCACUCA